AAUGUGCAUGUGACCUAGGAAGUGAAAGGUGUGACCUCGGCCUGCAGAUCGGUGGUCUAAAAGUAGGGAGUGGAGACUAGAAACCGGGAUCACCAACGCGAACAGACCAUUUCGACUUAAAGCGUGAAACGGCGUUUCGAUUGUUGUCCAGCCAAGUGUUUUUAAGUGAGACACGGUGGAUUGUAUGUUUUCUGUCGUGUGGAAUACUUUAUGUCGAAGGCGCGUUAGCAUAACAGGAAAGAUGAGAGACGUGUGAUUCACACCUGUUUCGAAAGUCCCACAUUCUGGGCACUUAGGCUGUACACAUUGAAAUCAGAAACAACCCUCAGGAAUAAUGGAUGAUAUAUUUUCUCAAGUACGCGAAGGGAAUGCUUUUCAUGUUCGUGUGUGGCUAGACAACACCGAGAACGAUCUUAACCAAGGAGAUGACCACCGUUUUAGCCUUUUACACUGGGCAUGUCGAGAAGGUCACAGCAAUAUUGUUGCAAUGCUCAUUGCGCGAGGAGCACGCAUCAAUGCCACUAACCUUGGAGAUGACACACCACUGCAUUUGGCUGCCGCCCAUGGCCAUCAGAGUGUUGUUCAAAUGCUUCUGCAGAACCAUGCCAACAUAAAUGCCAUCAACGAGCAUGGCAACACACCCCUGCACUAUGCAUGUUUCUGGGGCUAUGACCAAAUCGCUGAGGAUCUUGUCAACAAUGGUGCUCUAGUCAGCAUUGCCAACAAAUUUAAUGAUGUACCUCUUGACAAAGCUAAGCCUCAGCUUGCUCGAAUGCUGAAGGAUCGCGCUGUAGCCCUUGGACAAGACCUUAGUAAAAUCCCUUUUAAAGACCGAAGCUGGUUGGGCUACAAGACUCGCAGCCGAGAUGCUAUGUUGUCACGACACAUGGGCAUUGAUAUUCGGCAGUUACAACUCAAUGGUCACAUUGCUGCCACCCACUCAGGAGAGACAUGGCGAGGGAACUGGCAAGACAAUGACAUUGUGGCAAAAAUAUUGAAUGUGCGAGAAUGUACCAAACGCAUCACUCGUGACUUCCAGGAGGAAUUUCCCCGUCUGCGCAUUUUUAAUCAUCCUAAUGUGCUGCCAGUUCUGGCCUGCUGUAACCAACCUCCUAAUUUGGUGCUUAUCUCACAGUUCAUGCCAUUUGGUUCGCUGUACAACACCCUUCAUGGGGAAUCAGGCAUUGUUGUGGAUGUGAACCAAGCACUUCGGUUCGCCAUUGACAUUGCACGAGGCAUGGAGUUUCUUCACUCAAUGGAACCUAUGAUCCCUAACUUUGUUCUUACCAGCAAGCAUGUCAUGAUUGACGAAGACUUGGCUAAGAUAAACGUCGAUGAUCCCAAGUACACUUCAGGGGAGGCCACCCUGAAUGGGAUUGAUGAGGACCUUACUGCAAGGAUUAACAUGGCAGAUUACCGAUUCUCAUUUCAUGAGAAAGGCAAAGUCUUCUCACCUGCUUGGAUGGCACCAGAAGCACUGCAGAGACGUCCUGAUGAUAUUAACACACGGGCAGCUGAUAUGUGGAGUUUUGCUAUUCUGCUGUGGGAGCUAGAGACCAGAGAAGUACCUUUUGCAGAACUCUCUGCCAUGGAGGUCGGCAUGAAGGUGGCGCUAGAAGGUCUGCGUGUCAGCAUCCCUCCGGGCAUAUCAUCACACAUCUCUCGCCUUAUCAAGAUCUGCAUGAAUGAAGAGCCAGGAAAACGUCCGCGUUUUGACAUGAUUAUUCCCAUCCUGGAGAAGAUGAAGCAGUCCAGUUAGACUUGCUUGACAACCAUUUUCUGUUGUGAAAGACUCAUUAAAGGAAAGAAAAAAAACAGGCUAAAAAAGUUGCCACAUUUGGCUUACUUGAAACUGAACAAGACAAAAGUAGAUGCUAACAGUUGGAGAUGUGUCAUUUCUCAGGUUGUACUUUGCAUUUAUAUUAAGGCAUAUAGUGCCUAGGUGACCACACCUACUAAUGGUGGCUAGAAGGGAAGGCUGGACAAGCCCUUUAAAAAAAAAAGCCCAGAGAGGCUAACUGCAUGUUUUCUUGGAAUGUAUACCGAGGACAUGCAGAGUUCUCACGUCAUGCUGAGAUGUUAAUGCAUUUACACUUUAUGAAUCAUGUAAAAGUCUGUGUUUCUUCAUUUUUUUAGGGUGGUGGGAGGGAGCUAUUGUGAGUUAAAGAUUACAAACUGUCCAGAACUGUAGUCUCUUUUAUUUAUAGUGAAAGGAAACAAUGCACAAAAUCACAAAGGCAAUUUUGUGUGACAUUGUGACAUUUUUCUCAACAUCAGUCGUUUAUUUAAAUGGUUCAUCAUUAAAAUAAGCUGAAAAAACAUAAUAUUAGUUUGAAGUUCCAGAUUGGGUCUGUACGUUUUUUUUUCAAGUGCCUGACAAACAGAAAACUUUUGUCCUGGGUAUGCAUGUUAAGAUGCAUAUGUCUAGAUUUCUGUGCAAAGAGUUUUAUAUGCCAAAAUGAAUUGUUUCUUUUCACUAUAAACAGCUUACUGCUGUCAGAUUAUUUAGCCAAUCAAGGAGAUUUUGAUCUGCUUUCAUUACACUUUCAAAGAGCACUAAUGUGCUGUUAGCAUUCAGGAAACAUACCUGUGCUAACUUCUAGAGCUUUGUAGUCAAGAGAUUGGAUAAAAUAAACUUGAGUAAUGAAGAUAAUAUGAGAUGAUGCUGAAUGCCUACUGGUGUUGACACCAGUGAUGGGCUAUUUCAAUUUUUAUUUAUGCAUAACUUUGAUGUGUCAAGUCAGGUCUAUUUUUUAUUAAGCUUGAGUCUUUGUUGAUGCUGUCAUCGACAUAUUUAUGUGUUUUACUUGUAUCUACGAACAUAUAACUUGCAUUUUUUUAUCAAUUCUGCUGACAAGCUCUGCAUUAAUAGUACCCUUGAUUCAUUUGUCACUGUGUGCAAGAUAGAUGUUGGCUUGCUAUUUAUAGAGAGAAUGUAGAGUGCUAAAUUGAUGGGAGCGCACCAUCAGAUGUGUAGAUCAAAUAUUUGUGCAUGCUUGAGUUAUUGGUUUAUAGCAUAUUUUGUGUAAUGGUUAUUAUGAUCGUGGGAUGAAAAGUCGUGGUCUACUGGUUCAACUCCACAUUCGACAGAUUUUUUAAAAGUUUUUAUUUUUAAAUAUUUUUAUCUUUAAAUAUAAAAUAUAGUACGUUGUCAUUCUGAAGUUUGCAUUUCCUGACAAGUAGGGUACAAGACUUGAGCAUGUUGGAAUCCUGCUCUCAUUAUCUAAUGUUACUCUUUUCUCCUGCACAUUUUUAACACAUUUAAAACUUAAAGUCACCAAUUUGAGCAAGGAAAUUAUAUAGAUUAAAUUGAUAGAGGUCAGCAAACAAGGAAAUUUAUAAAUUUAUUUAUCUGCUGAUAUAUUUUGUAUGAACAUCCCAGCUGGCUGAGACGUAAAACAGGAGUUCAAAUAUGCAAGUGUGUGAGCUGGUUACACAUUUUAAAAAAGUUCCUAGAAAACACCCAAAACUGUGAGGCAAGUUAGUUUAGUUUAAUCCUUGUUACUCCUCGAGGAGCAUAAGGCUGCCACAGUGAGGCAAGCCACUGUUGGUUUUAUUUAUGGUAAAAUGUAUGACAGACUUUUUUAUUAACCAAACAUAUGUUUAUGCUUACAUUUUAUUUGCAUGUUAUGUAGAUUCUUGACUGAGACUCUAGAAGCACUCCUUGAGGAACUGCUGAUUAUUAUGCAAAAGAGAUGCCUUCCAUGUUAUGAGCACACUUUUUGUUAUGCUAGGGGUGACUGUGACCAUUUUUUUCCAUCAUCACACUGAGUGCACACCGUCUCAGUGGGGGAAAAACAAAUCUACAUCUGAAUUUAUUAAAGAUAUGUACAGUUGAUGUCACAGCCACAAGUUGUGCUCAGCAUGUUAAUGUUCAUUGUUAAUGUUCUCGGAUACCAUAUUUCAUAGGUACUUCCUUCAAAGAUAUGUUGUCUGCACAGAAGUGUUCUCUUAAGUUUGUUGUCCACAAGAGUUGGCGACCGUGACCUUUUACAAUUUAUGAUGCCCACUCUGACCCUUGUUUUUCUUUCUAGUCUUUCCUUAACAAAAUUUGCUUCCUGUUUCAAGAUCCAGAAACUUGGGUUUUUUUUUUUUUUUAUUUGGCUAGUUCUCCUCACUAAUGUCAGUACAGUGCGAGUCUUAUAAAUUAUAAACUACUUUUAUGAAAGCAGUGUAGUGACUGAAACAAAGCUGCCUCUGAGAUGAUUUCCUUGUAAGAAACAAGAAACCAGUGUUACAAGCUAGAAAAAAAAAAAAGAAGUUAUGGCAGCAUUUAAUUACUUGGUCCACAUAGAGACCAAGAAUUUGCCUGCAUCUCACAUUUUUGUUAUUAAACACAUGAAUACUC